AUGAGGUUGGGUGUGGGAGUGAGUAUGUUGUUAUGUUCUGUGGCACUUUUAGGGUGUGAUGGGUGCUUGGAGAAGGAGAGAAUUGGUCUACUUGAAAUCAAGGGCUAUAUCUUAUCACUAGGUCGGGAUGUGUUCAAUGACUUGGAAUUGGGUUCAUGGGUUGAUGAUAGAAGUAGCAAUUGUUGUGGCUGGAACAGAGUGAAAUGUUCUAAUAUCUCAAGUGGCCAUGUAACACACUUGCUUCUCGACAGUCUCAAUUCAAGGAAUGCUCAUUUGGCAAACGGUUCAUUGUUUAGUCCUUUUGAAGAGUUGCUCAACCUCGACUUGUCUAGCAAUGACUAUCAAGGUUGGAUUGGCAAAGGACUUCCAAGAUUGAUGAAGUUGGAGACCUUGAACCUUUCAUAUAACUCAAUGAAUGGUAUUUUAUCUUAUAUUGGUAUUCAAAACGUGCCAAGGUUAAAAGUGUUAGACUUAAGCAACAAUAAUUUAUACGGUUCAAUUGAAGGAUUAUGUGAAUUGCAAGACCUUAGAGAGCUAGGUCUCAGCUCAAAUAUGUUUAGCGAUCAAAUUCCAGAGUGUUUAAGCAUGUUAAGAAGCCUCCAAGUCCUUGAUCUUUCUCAAAAUCAAUUCAGUGGCAAUUUUCCAUCCUUCAUUACCAACAUGACAUCCCUGUUCUACUUGUCUCUCUUUGACAAUCACCUAGAAGGCACAUUUUCUCUGAGCAAUUUGUCUAACCAUUCAGAACUUCAGGUUCUAUAUAUUUCUUCAACAAGCCCUAAAGCUCUAGUUGAAACUGAAAAAACACAAUGGUUUCCAACUUUUCAAUUGAAGUCUCUCAUCCUUCGAAGUUGCAACUUAAACUUGGGUGAAGGAAGUGUUGUUCCUAGUUUUCUUCAAUAUCAAAAAGAAUUGCAAUUUGUCGACCUCUCGCACAACAAACUGGUUGGAGCAUUUCCAAAUUGGUUGAUGCAAAAUAACUCAAGACUCCAAUAUUUCUCAGUCACAAAUAACUUACUUUCUGGAAACCUUCAAUUGUCUUCCAUAAGACAAGACAUAACUUGCCUAGAUAUCUCAGACAACAACAUUUCUGGUUCACUCCCAGAAGAUAUUGGUACAUUUCUUCCUAUGAUUAGGCGUUUAAAUCUGUCAAUGAACAAUUUUGGAGGAAGUAUACCCACUUCAAUUAGUAAGAUGCAGGGACUUUCCUCCUUGGAUUUGUCUCACAAUCACUUCUCAGGUGAAUUACCCGAACAACUAUCAACAGGUUGCAUUAGUCUCCAAAAAUUAUGGCUUUCCAACAACCUUUUUCAUGGGAAUAUUCAUAAGUUUCCUAUUUUUAUAAAUUUGUUUGAGCUGUUUGUCAAUAAUAAUAACCUCAAUUGCACUCUAGAAGAAGUAUUGGAAAAUUUAAAUGGUAGAGGAUUGAUGAUUUUAGACAUAUCCCACAAUUCAAUCUCAGGCUCAAUUCCUAGUUCAAUUGCAAAGUUGUCACUAGUGCAGAUCCUUCUUAUGGGAAAUAACCAGUUGGAAGGUGAGAUCCCUUUUGAGCUCUCCAACCUAGCAAUGCUUUUUAUGUUGGAUCUUUCACACAAUAGGUUAUCAGGGUCAAUCUCACAUCUUAAUCCAUCAAUCAUCAGGUUCUUGUAUCUGCAAAAGAAUGCUUUCUCAGGGUCCAUACCUCCCACAUUCUCAGAGGGCUUAAGCCUAGUAACUCUAGACUUGAGUGAUAAUAAUUUUUCUGGAAAUAUUCCCUACUGGAUUCAUAAGUUGUCAGAUUUGCGAGCGCUUUCACUUGGAGGGAAUAAUUUUUCUGGUCAUAUCCCAAUUCAGCUAUGCCAAUUACAAAAAAUCAGCAUCAUGCAAUUUUCACACAAUAAGCUCGAGGGUUCAAUACCAUCUUGCUUCAACAACUUGUCAUUUGGACCAAGAGAAAAUUAUGAUUCCUUCCCUUCAUUUGGUUUCCCAAUCAUGAUCGCCAAAUCACCAAUAGGAUCUUUGGUUAAUGUCAGUGUUUCAGUGUUUAUGCCUUCAACUGAUGUUGAAAAGGAAGACAUAAAUGCUAUUGUUGAAGUUAGAACAAAGAACAAUUUUUACACUUACAGAGGCACCAACCUGGAGAUGAUGACUGGAUUGGAUUUAUCAUGCAAUAUGUUAACAGGUAGCAUCCCAGUUCAAAUUGGAAACUUGCAAAAAGUUCGAGCCCUAAACCUAUCCCAUAACUACUUGUCUGGUUCCAUUCCAAAUUCUUUUUCUAAUCUUUCCCAGAUUGAGAGCCUUGACUUAUCCUACAACAACUUGAGUGGUGAGAUACCUUCUCAAAUGAUCAAGUUGAACACUUUGGCAAUCUUCAAUGUAUCAUACAAUAAUCUUUCUGGAGUUAUCCCUAGUUCAGGACAAUUUGGAACCUUUAUUGAAGACAGCUACAUUGGAAAUCCUUUUCUUUGUGGAAAAAACCUGAAGCAGAAGUGUGAAGCUUCAUCUCGUCCAUCACAAUUUAAUGACACUGAAGGAAAGGAAACUGUGAUAGACAUGGUAGCAUUCUAUUGGACUUUCUCGGCAUCUUACACAACAAUAUUGUUGUGCUUCACAGUAGUGCUAUAUGUCAAUCCUUCUUGGCGCAUGACCUGGUUUUAUGUCAUUGCUAAGAUUAUACAUACAUGUUUUCCAACUCUUCCUUUGUAUUGA